GCAACGCGGCAACUCUGAGGUCCAGUUUUUCCUGUGAUUAUACGAUUUGUUUAUACUUUUAUACGUUAUAGAUUUUUCUGCAUUUUAUAUCCGUGUAUUGUGAACGGCUGUGGAAUAUUACAACAUCAUUGCUGAUUUUACUUCAAUUUUCGAAUUAUGUGUUUGCCGAAAAGAUCUAGUUGAAAUAUACGAAUUUGACUUAAUUUUAACCGAUUUUUAAAAAUUGGUGUACGCUUGGAUUUUUUUCAAGAUACAUUCUAAGGGUAAUGUGAAGGAGGAGCUAUUUCUGGAGAGAUGUCUCAACGGGAAGAUGCCAUUAAAUUCGAAACGGGCCGAAUCAAAGCUCUGCAAGAGGAGCGCCUUCACAUUCAAAAGAAGACUUUUACCAAAUGGAUGAAUUCGUUCUUACAAAAGGCAAGGAUGGAGGUCGAAGACCUCUUCACCGACCUUGCAGACGGCAAAAAAUUGCUUAAGUUACUCGAAAUAAUCUCAGGGGAAAAACUUGGAAAACCUAACCAUGGAAAAAUGAGGGUUCACAAAAUAGAAAAUGUAAAUAAAAGCUUAGCAUUCCUCCACACAAAGGUAAGACUGGAAAGUAUAGGAGCUGAAGAUAUUGUGGAUGGGAACCCAAGACUUAUAUUAGGCUUAAUAUGGACAAUUAUCUUAAGGUUUCAAAUUCAGGAAAUUGAAAUAGACGUUAACGAAGAUGACGAAAGUAGUGAGAAAAAGUCUGCAAAGGAUGCAUUAUUAUUGUGGUGCCAAAGAAAAACAGCUGGCUAUCCUGGUGUAAAUAUUCAAGACUUUCAUGUCAGUUGGAGAAAUGGCUUGGGUUUCAAUGCACUUAUUCAUUCUCAUCGUCCUGAUCUCAUCAACUACCCAGCUCUUAUCAAUAACAAUCAUAUUCAGAAUCUCAAUAAUGCAUUUGAUAUUGCUCAGAAAGAACUUGGCAUUCCUCGUCUUUUGGAUGCAGAAGAUGUUGACAUUAAUAAACCUGAUGAAAAAUCUGUGAUUACAUAUGUUGCCUCAUAUUAUCAUACAUUUGCUAGAAUGAAAAGUGAAAUGAAAGGUGGAAAACGUAUUGCUAAUAUUGUUGGCCAAAUGAUUGAUGCUGACAAACUUAAAAAUAACUAUGAGCUUUUUACAACUAACCUUUUGCAAUGGAUUCAAAUGAAAAUCAAAGAACUUGACAACAGGAAUUUUCCUAAUUCAUUGGAAGGUAUCCAGAAAGAACUUCUGAAGUUUAAAGAAUACAGAACUAUUGAGAAACCUCCGAAAUACAAAGAGCGAAGUGAAAUCGAAGCUUUACUGUUUUCAAUUCAGACAAAAAUGAAAGCUUUGGGUCAACCUUUGUAUGUGCCACCUGAAGGGCAAUUAGUUCAUGAUAUUGAGAAAGCAUGGGAUGAAUUGGAAAAGGCUGAACAUAGGAGAGAAGUAGCAUUGCGAGAAGAAUUACUUCGUCAAGAGAAACUAGAAAAUCUUGCAUAUCGUUUCGAAAGAAAGAGUGUUGUUCGUGAGGGAUAUUUGAAAGAAAUGAUUCAAGUAUUGUCAGACCCAAGGUAUGGCAGCAAUUUAUCCCAGGUUGAAGCUACUGUGAAAAAACAUGAAGCAAUUAGUGCUGAUAUUCUUGCCAGGGAAGAGAGAUUUCAAAAUUUAACAACAAUGGCCGAUGAGUUAGUAAUGGAAAAUUAUCACAGUAAAGAAAGGAUUAAAUUGAGGGAACAAGAAAUAAUGCAACGAUGGGAAUACCUUUUAGAAUUAUUGAAGAAGCAUCGAUCAACAUUAACGAACUUGAGUAAUUUAAUGAGUAUGCUCAGAGAAAUAGAUACAAUAACUUCUGAAAUUAAAGAAAUGGAGAGUAGUUUUUACACUGAAGAUCUUGGACGACAUUUAUUGGCUGUUGAAGAUUUGCUUCAGAAACAUAGCCUUGUGGAAGCUCAUAUAACAUCUCAAGGAGAUACUAUACGGAAAUUAAAUAAGCAGGCAUUAAGUUACAUUAAUGAUGGUCACAAAGAAGCUCCAAUUUUGCAGAAACGUUUGAAUAAAUUAAAUACAGAAUAUGACAACUUAGUGAAUUUGGCUGCCAAUCGUAGAACCAAACUUGAAGAAUCACGGAUGUAUUAUCAGUUUGUUCAAGAUCAAGAAGAAGAAGACGCUUGGAUUAUAGAGAAACAAUUGAUCUGCAAGUCAGUUGUUCCUGGAAGAGAUCUUCAAGGAGCCCUUUCUUUACAACAGAAACAUAAAGCUUUAGAAGUGGAAUUCAAUGCUCGUUGGCCACGAGUUCAGAAGGUUAUAGAAGCUGGAAAUGCUUUAAAAGUCCAAAAGCAUCCUGAAAGUGCAGACAUCUCUCAAAGAAUUGACGGGUUGAAGAAAAAUUGGGACAAACUGCAUGAACUAUGGUCUGUAAAAUCAAAGCAAUUAGAAGAUGCAUCAGCUGCUUAUCAAUAUCAAGCUGAUGCCAAUGAAGCUGAAUCUUGGAUGAAAGAAAAGCGACAGCUUGUGUCUAGCACAGAUUAUGGAAAAGAUGAACCAAGUGCACAGGCUCUAUUGCAACGGCAUACCAGACUUGAGAGUGAAAUUAAAGCUUAUAGUUCUGAUAUUGAAAGGCUGAAUGAACAAGCUGAUUUAAUGAUUAAAUCAGGAAUGGCCACAUAUUUUCUUUCUGAGACAGCUCAGGAGCCAGAAACUGAGGAAUGGGUUGAAGAAAUUGUUUUGACUCCUGUUGAUGAAUGGGUUGAAGAAGUUUAUGAAAAGGAGGUUGUGAAAGAAAUCGUUGAAGAUCGUAAAAUUCCUCAAGUGCGUGCUAUGUAUAGAUUUCAAGGGAAUGACUUUGAUAUUGAAAAGGGUGAAAUAAUGAUUUUAUUGCAAAAGACCAAUGCUGAUUGGUGGAAUGUUCGCAAAUCUAAUGGAGUAGAUGGUUUUGUUCCUGCUAAUUAUGUAUCUGAGAUAGAGCCUAAAGUUGUUCGUAAAAGAGCACAGAAAGUUGUGAAAGUUCCCGAAAAAAGACGAAUUAAAAAGACAGUGAUGAAAAAGCAGAUAGUAAAAAAGAAGAAACAACCAAUGGCAUAUAAAAAAGUGUUAUCUCGUUCUCCCAGCAAGUCUCAGGAAUUUAUUCAGCGAAGGCAAAAGAAUAUAAAUGAUUCUUAUCAAGAGCUUAUUGAACUAUCUAAAGCUCGCAGACACUACUUGGAAGAUGCUAUCAACCUAUUUAGCUUUUAUCGGGAAUGUGAUGAUUUUGAAGCUUGGAUGAAAGAAAAGGAUAGAAUGUUGACAACUCGAGAUCCAAAAGAAGGGGUAGAAGUCAUGAAAAAGACAUUUGAGAACUUUUUGACUGAUUUGUCUGCCACAAGUCGCAGAAUUGAAGAAAUUGACAGCUGCGUUGAGGAGUUUGUGCGUACAAAACAUAGUCAGCUUGGUGCAGUAAAAACAAGACAAAAACAGAUUCAUGAAAGAUGGAAUGGUCUUAAUCAUUUGAAAACUGAAAUUGAAAAGAGUUUAGAAGGAGCCACUAGUGUUGAACUCUUUGAACGAACAUGUGAUGAUGCUUAUGAAUGGAUGCUUGAAAAGUUGGAGAAAAUAGAAACUGAUGAUAUUGGUCGAGAUAUGAAGACAGUUCAAGCAUUGCAACGUAAACAUCAAAAUAUAGAAAGAGAAUUAGCACCAAUAGAAGAAAAAUUCAACCGAGUUAAUUUACUUGCAGAUUCUGUUAAGGUUUCAUAUCCCUCGGAAAGAGCCAAUGUUACCACUAGACAACAAGAGCUUAAUGAUCUUUGGGGAAAAGUAAAGGAAAAAGCUGCCCAAAGGCGUGCAAGACUUGAUGAAUCAUUGGGUUUACAGAUAUUCCGAAAUAGUGUAAAAAGCUUGUUAAACUGGGUCAGUGUUGUUAAGCAAUCUUUGAAUAGUGAUGAACCAGCCAGAGAUGUUGCAACUGCAGAGAAUUUACUUAAAAAACACCAAGAUCUUGGUGAUGAUAUUGCAGCACAUCAAGAUGAAUUUUCAGAUGUUCAAGGUUUAGGUGUCAGUUUGUUGCAAAAAAAUCCUGACUCUCAAGAAAUUAGAGAUUCUUUAGUUCAGCUCCAGGAGGAACAAGAUGCUAUACAUAGAGGAUGGCAAGAAAAAGGAGACUGGCUGAGACAGUGUAUGGAUUUGCAAGUUUUCAACAGAGAAGCAGAUCAAAUAGACAGCAUAACCAAUAGUCAUAACACCUUUUUAGAUUUUGAAGAUCUUGGAACAACUUUGGAUGAUGUAGAAGCCUUACUGAAAAGACAUGAAAAUUUCAUGAACACAUUAAUCGCACAGGAUGACAGAUUAAGAACUUUUAGUGAAAUGGCAGACAAGUUGAUUGCUGCUAGACAUUAUGAAAGCAAAUACAUUGAUGAAAGGAGGAAGAAUGUCUUACUUCAAAGACAAGCUGUAAAACAAAAAGCUGAGCAACGUAAAGCUCUGUUGCUGUCAUCUCAUGCCUUCCAAGAAUUUCGAACUGAUGUAAAUGAGCUAUCUAACUGGAUUCAAGAAAAAUUGAAGACUGCAUCUGACGAAUCAUAUAGAGAUUUAACAAAUCUGGAACGUAAACUCCAAAAACACGAGGCAUUUGAAGCAGAGUUGAAAGCUAAUUCUGAAAGGCUUGAUGUUAUUAACAAAAAUGGACAAGCCCUUCUUACUGGUGGUCAUUAUGCUGGUGACAAGAUUGAAACUUUAUUAAAACAAGUUAAUAAGCAAUGGGAAGAAUUAUGUGCCAAAACUAUGGAAAAGGGCCGAAAAUUAAGGGAAGCUAAUGCGCAACGUACUUACAACAGAACUUUAGAGGAUGCCAAAACAAAGUUAGAUGAGUUGGAAAAUUCAUUGGCUUCAGACGAUUUAGGCCACGAUUUAAGAAGUGUAAAGAAACUUCUGAAACGUCAUCAGAUGCUUGAAAAUGAACUUCUAACAUGGGAAACCAAGGUGACAGAACUUGUUCUUCUUGGUGAAGAAAUGGCAAACCAGGGACAUUUUGAUGCACAGAAUAUUUUAAAAGGCACAAAUGCUGUCAAUGAGAGGUUUGAUAAGAUGAAAAUACCUGCAGCAGAAAGGCGUCGUACUUUAGAAGAGGCUCUAAAAUUGCAUUCAUUCGUUUUUGAAGUUGAUACUGAAAUUCAGUGGAUUAAAGAGCAUCUUCCUGCUGCAACUUCUCAAGUUUUAGGACAAAAUCUCUUUGAUGCUCAAAAUAUAUAUAAGAAACAUCAGAAGUUAGAAAGAGAAAUUAAUGGCCAUCAACCUAUGAUAGAGAAAACUUUGGCCUCUGGACAACAUUUGAUUGAUCAGAAACAUUACGCAUCUGAUUCAGUUAAAGCAAAAUGUCAAGAACUCAGGGAUAGCUGGAAAGAGUUAUUGGAUUGUGCUGCAGAAAGGAAGAAGAAGCUGGAAUUAUCUUUGAAAUCGCAAUCAUUCUUUGCAGAGGCCAAUGAAGUUGAGCAAUGGAUGACUGAAAAGACAGACAUUUUGGAGAGUACUGAUUAUGGUAAAGAUGAAGAUGCUGCUGUGAAACUUCUUACCAAGCAUAAAGCUUUGGAGCUUGAAAUAGAUACAUACUCAAGUUUGAUUACUGAAAUGGGCCAUCAGGCUCAAAUAAUGAUUGAUUCUAACCAUCCUGAUGCAAAGAUUAUUAGUAACCGUUUGCAAGUAGUAAAUCAACAAAUGAAAAAUAUUCAGAAGCUAGCCAAUACAAGAAGGCAAAAGUUAAUGGAAUCUAAACAUCUUCAUGAAUAUUUUCGAGAAAGUGAUGAGCUGGAAAAAUGGAUUGAUGAGCAGAUGUUAACAGCUAAUUCUGAAGAUUAUGGACAAGACUAUGAACAUCUAUUAAUCCUGCAAUGCAAGUUUGAUGAUUUCAAAUUACGUGUAGAAACUGGUUCUGAAAGAUUUAAUCAGUGUGAAGAACUUGCUAAAAAACUGACAGCCAAUGAUACGUCUUAUUCAAAUAAAAUAGAGCAAAGACAACAGCAUUUGAGGCAAACAUGGUCUGUUCUUCUUGACAACAUAGAAGCAAGAGACCAGAAAUUGCAAGCUGCUGGAGAAAUCCAUCGUUUCAAUCGCGAUGUUGCUGAUGCAUUGUCAAGAAUACAAGAAAAAUACGCUAGUAUUCCAGAAGAUUUAGGUCGAGAUUUAAAUAGUGUUCAGAACUUAAUAAGAAAGCAUGAAGGGUUUGAAAACGAUUUAGUGGCUUUAGAAGCUCAGUUGCAAAUUUUAGUUGAUGACAGUGCCAGGCUCCAAGGCUCUUAUCCAGGUGGAAAUGCUGAUCAUAUCUUAGAGCAACAAAAUAUUGUUAUUGAAAAUUGGAACACUCUUCAAGAAAAGGCCGCAGAGCGUAAAAUAAAGUUACAAGCCUCUUAUCAAUUGCAACGAUUUUUGGCAUCGGUACGAGACGUUGAGAACUGGGCCCUGGGUCUGUGCUCGUCUUUAAAAACUGAAGAAAAAGUGCGUGAUGUUGCAAGUGCACAGAUGUUAAAGGCAGAACAUGAACAGUUAAAAGCGGAGAUAGAGGCAAGAGAAGGAACUUUUGGAGCAAUUGUAAAUGCAGGUGAAGAAAUGAUUGAUGGAGGUCAUUAUGCUAGUGAUGAGAUACGGGAACGUUUAGAUCAAUUGCUUGCUGUAAGAGGGGAUUUGCAUACUGCCUGGCAUAAGAAAAAGAUUUAUUUAGACCAGUUAUGCGAUUUACAAUGCUUUUUAAGAGAUGCCAAGCAGUUGGAUACAUUAAGUAGCCAACAAGAAGUUUAUUUGUCCAGCUCGGAUGUUGGAAAUACUGUAGAAGAAGUUGAUGCGCUAGUUAAAAAACAUGAAGCAUUUGAAAAACUAUUGGCUUCUCAAAAUGAAAAAUUGAUUGCCCUGCAAGAUCAUGGAGCGAAACUUCUGCAGCAGAAUCAUUUCGAUUGUGAAACUAUUAGAACAAGAAUGUUAGAAGUUACUAACAGACGAUCUAAAGUUAGAGAUCUUAGCAACAUGAGAAGACAGAAAUUAGCUGAUAGUUUCUUGCAUGCACAGUUUAAGAGAGAUGCAACUGAAGCUGAAGCCUGGAUUGCAGACAAAAAGAAAUAUUUGGAAGCCGAACAAGGCAUGAGUCAAAUUGCAAGCUUGGAAGACAAAAUGAGAAAAUUACAGAAACAUCAAGCAUUCCAAGCAGAGUUGUCUGCUCAUGAAAGUAAUAUUCAUAACAUAAAACAGAAAGGAGAGUUGCUUGUGUCGAAAAAUCAUGAAAGCUCUCCAAAGAUCAGACAGCAACUUGACAGACUCUUGAAACAAUGGAAUGAACUUAUAGCAUCAUCAACCAAUUUAGGGCGUGGAUUAGAAGAGGCACAAGACAUUUUAGAAUUCAAUAAUCAAGCUGAAAAGAUUGAGGCUUGGAUUCGAGACAAGGAGAUGAUGGUCCAAGCUGGCGAUGUCGGAAGAGACUUUGAGCAUUGUCAAGCCCUUCAAAGAAAGUUAGAUGAUGUAGAUUCCGAUAUGAGAGUGGAUGAACUGAGAAUGAAAAAUAUUAAUGCCUUGGCUAACAAACUUAUCCGCCAAGGUCGUUCAGAUAUACAAGCUGUGCAACAAAGACAAGAAGAAUUGAAUAAAAAGUGGAAGGCAUUGCAAGGUGCAUUAGAUUUAUAUCGUCAGAAAUUGGCUAAUGCUUCAGAUGUUCAUGCCUUCAAUAGAGAUGUAGAUGAUACAAAUGAUAGAAUUAAUGAAAAAUCUGUAGCUUUGUCUGUUGAGGAAGAAACAAAAGACUUGCAAUCUGUUGAAGCAUGCCAGAGGAAACUGGAAACAACUGAACGCGAUAUGACAGCAAUAGAAGCCAAAUUAAAGGAACAUGAUGUCGAAGCUCGUAGAUUAGUACAGAAGAAUGCUGAAGUAGCUGCUCAGACUAGACAAAAGUUAUCGGAAGUACAAGAAAAUUGGAGGAGGUUAAUGACUUUGUGCUCAGCUAGGAAGCAGUCACUUGCCUCUGCUUAUACCCUUCAUAAGUUCUUAAGUGAUUUCUCUGAAUUGGAAUCAUGGGUAACUGACAUAACUAACAGAAUGACAUCUGAUGAACUUGCUGCAAACAAUUCUGAAGCCCAAAGCAUGUUGCAAUUGCAUCAAGAAAGAAAAGCUGAAAUCAAUGGUCGACAGGAAUCUAUGAAAACUCUGAAAGAAUUCGGCCACCGUCUUCUUCAGCAGAAACAUUCAGCAAAAGAAACUAUCGAGACAAAGCUCCAGCGAUUAGAAGAAUUAAGGAAAAAUUUAACACAAGUCUGGGAAGAAAGGCGACAUAUCUUAACUCAGUGCAGAGAUUUACAGGUAUUUAAAGAGAUGGUAGAAGCUGCUGAAUCUUGGUUAUCCCAGAAAGAGGCCUUCUUAAAUAAUGAAGAUCUGGGUGACUCCAUGUCUAGUGUCGAAGCACUGAUAAAGAAACACGAUAAUUUUGAAAAAACGAUGAGUGCUCAAAGUAAUAAAGUUGAUGAAUUGGAGACAUUUGCCACUGAACUAAUUGCUGCAAAGCAUUAUGACAGUACUGCAAUUCAAAGUAAAUGUCAAGCUGUUUGUGCACGAAGAGAUAAACUCAAAGAAAAUGCAUUGGUGAGAAGAAAAAAAUUGCAGGAAUCAAAGGAGUUACAGAAAUUUUUGCGUAACAUUUACGAAGUUGUUGGGUGGAUAAAUGAAAAGCUUCAAGUGGCUUCUGACGAAUCCUACAGAGAUCCUACCAACUUAUUGAGCAAAAUCCAGAAGCAAGCAGCUUUUGAAGCUGAAUUAGCUUCUAAUAAAGCAAGAGUAGAUGCUGUAAUGACUGAAGGUGAAAAGCUUAUCAGCAGUGGUCAUUAUGCUUCAUUAGAAAUUCAAAACCUUCUUCAAGAAUUAGAAAUGCAUUGGAGACAAUUGCUGGAUCAAACUGCUUUGAAGAAAGAAAGACUCCAAGAUGCUUAUCAGGCCUUACAGUUUAAUCGAAUGUUAGAUGAUUUGGAUACUUGGAUGGAUGAAGUGGAAGUUCAGUUACAAUCUGAAGACCAUGGAAAAGAUUUAACAUCAGUUCAAAAUCUACUAAAGAAACAUCAGCAUCUGGAGGCUGAUAUCAAUAAUCAUGCAGAAAACAUAGAACAAAUUAAAGAUCUGAAUGCUAGUUUCCAGAACAGUAAUCACUUUUUGAAGGAAGAAAUUGAAGAAAAAGCUACUGCUGUUGUAAACAGAUAUCAAUCUCUUCACGAUCCUGUUCAGAUCCGUAGAGAAAACCUUGAAGAUUCUCUCUUACUUCAUCAAUUUAAUCGAGAUGUGGAAGAUGAGCUGUCUUGGAUUUAUGAAAAAGAACCUCUAGCUGCUUCUACAGAUUUAGGAAACAACCUAGUGACUGUUCAAAAUCUGCAGAAAAAACAUCAGGCUUUAGAAGCAGAAAUUCAAGCUCAUGAACCUUUGAUUGCAUCAGUCGUUAGUAAAGGCAAACAGAUGAUAAGAAUUGGACAUUAUGCAUCAUCUAAUGUUGAAGCUAAAUUAAAUCAACUGCAGUCAUCAUUACAACAAUUGAAAGAUUUAUCUAGCAUUCGUAGAUUAAGACUUCUGGAUGCUGUUGAAUCACAAACAUUUUAUUCUGAAGCUACAGAAGCAGAAUGUUGGAUAAAGGAGAGAAAACCUCCUCUUACUAAUUCAGAUUUAGGAAAGGAUGAAGAUUCUGUUCAGUCUCUGAUGAAGAAACUGGAUGGUCUUGAACGAGAUAUUCACAACUACAAUGGUAAUGUUAUUAAACUUUCAAAACUGAGUCAAGGUUUAAUAGAAAGGGGUCACUUUGAUAGCGAAAACAUCCAAGAAAAAAUGAGGCAAGUUGAAGCCAGCUACCAAGAGCUGAAACAGUUAGCAGAGGAGAGAGGCUACAGGUUGCAAGAAAGUAAGAGAUUCUUUAACUUUAUGCGUGAUGCAGAUGAAGUAGCUGCUUGGAUCCAAGAUCAGAUGGUCAUUGCCAGUUCUGAAGACUAUGGAAAAGAUGUGGAGCAUGUUGAAAUUCUCAUUCAGAAAUUUGAAGGAUUCAUCAGUACUCUUCAUUCUAAUGAGGACAGAGUAGCCAAUCUGGAGAAUUCUGCUGCCACCCUUUUGAAAGAAAACCACCCAGAAUCUCAAAAAAUAGCUGCCAGGAGCAGAGAAAUAUCUCAGAUGUGGGAGGAAUUGAAAGAAUGUGCUCAAUCAAGACAAGAAGCUUUAGCUGGUGCAAAACAAGUGCACACUUUUGACAGAAGUGCUGAUGAAACUAUUAGUUGGAUACAUGAGAAGGACUCUGUUCUGUCUAAUGAAGAUUAUGGAAAUGAUUUAGAAACUAUUCAAGCUCUAGUCAGGCGUCAUGAAGGUUUUGAGAGAGAUCUUGCUGCUGUGAAAGAGCAAGUUGUUGCUCUUGUUGAAGAGGCCCGUCGCUUGGCAGCUCAGUUUCCUGAUGCUAAAGACCAUAUUGAUGUGAAGCAUGAAGAUGUGGCUGAAGCCUGGAAUCAACUACUUGAAAAAUCUGCUGAGCGAAAAGACAAAUUGCAACAAGCUGAACAGCUGCAAGCUUACUUUGAUGACUACAGAGAACUGAUGGCCUGGUCAAGUGAAAUGAUGGCUCUUGUUACAUCACAUGAACUUCCUAAAGAUGUGGCUGGAGCUGAGUCACUUCUAGGACGCCACAAGGAAUAUAAAUCUGAAAUUGAUACAAGAGAGGAGAAUUUUAAUAAAUUCUAUGAAACUGGAGAAACUAUAAUAGCUUCUGGUCAUUUUAUGGCUGAUGAAAUUAAAGACAAGAUUCAUAGGUUAAAGAGUGCAUUUUCACAGCUACAAUCUACAUGGGAGAAAAGGCAGAUUAUUUAUGAGCAAAAUUUGGAUGCCCAGAUUUUCAAAAGAGAUGCUGAAAUGUUGGAGGCUUGGUUGCAAAGUCGAGAACCUAUUUUGUUUGAUAAACAGUAUGGCGAUUCAAUUUCUAAUGUUGAGGAAUUGAUAAGAAGACACGAAGAUUUUGAGAAAACCAUUGAAGCCCAAGAAGAAAAAUUCCUUUCACUAAAGAGAAUUACAAUGAUUGAAGAUGCAUUCGCAAAGCAGAAGGAAGAAGAAGAGUUAAAUAAGAAAGAAGAAGCACAAAGGAAAGAACAAGAAAGAUUAGAUGCAAUUAAAAGGAAAGAACAGAAACGUAUUCUUGAAGAGAGACGAAAAGAAGAUGAACGAAGGCGUACACAGGAAAUCGUUCUUAAGAAACCUGGUGAGGAAAGACCAAUUGAAUAUGAAGUCGAUGGCAUUCAAACAUCGCCAUUAUCCUCUCCUAAAAACAGAAAUAUUCCAGAAAUCCGACAUCCACCUGGUUUGUUCAGAACAAACAGUCAGAAAAGUUUAGAUGGUGGAGAUAAUAAACUAUCUGUAAAGAGAGGUGAAAGUAUGCGAAUUGAAGGCCUAAGUCCCUGGAAACCAGAAUCGCCUGCUCACAUGAAGCGAUCUGAAAGUAUGAGAUUGGAUGAAAGACAAAAGAAGCCAAAACGUACUCCAAGUUUCACCACUAGAAGGCGCACCCAGAGUUUUAGAAGACAAAGAACCCAAGCUGACUUGCCACCUGUUGAAAUCGAAGGAUUCUUGGAGCGUAAGCAAGAACUUCAGAGUGGUGGUAAGAGAGCCACCAUCAGGUCAUGGAAAACUUAUUAUACAGUCGUUUGUGGUCAACUUUUGUGUUUCUUCAAAGACAAAGAAGCAUUUAUUGAAAAUAUUGCUGCUGCACCUCCAGUUAGUUUGCUCCAAGCCAAAUGUUCAAAGGCAGCGGAUUAUACGAAAAAGAAACAUGUUUUCCGACUUCAGCUGGUAGAUGGAGCAGAGUUCUUAUUCAUGGCUCACAAUGAGAAAAUUAUGUAUGACUGGAUGAAUAAAAUUGCCUUUCAUGCCGCUUUACCACCCAGCAUGCAACUGAUGAAGUAUGACACUCAUAAAAGCAAUAGUUCAGACAGUGUGAAUUCCAGUCAAAAGGCCUCUGUGGUCAGUGAAGGCAGUACAAUUGGUUCUACAGUAAAUGACCCUCAUGAAACCACAUCAGCAACAUCCAGUCAGGCAUCAUCUCCAGAAUUGAGAAGAUCAGUUCCAAAUAAUACAUCUCAACCAUCAAGUGAGAGAGCUUCUAUUUCUAGGUCACAUCCUCCACCAUAUGAAGAAGCCUUACUACGAGAGAAACAGAAACCUCCUAUUCCUCCCAGAAAUGCUCCGCCCCGACCCACAUCAGAUCCUCCUAGUAGGCCAGGUAGUCUGGAGUCUUCAAUAUCUGUUAAAAGUCGAAUUGAAAUGUUCCAGAAUCAGCAGACAACAGGUCCACCUCCAGUUGCUCCUAGAGCAUCCUAUCCUGCCAUGCACCCACAUUAUAAUGGUACUACUGUAACUAACAAUCGAAAUACAAUUCAUACCACAAGAGAAUUCCAAUAUAGCAUUGAUGAAAAUUCUAGUUCUUAUAGUGAUAAUGACCAUUCUAGUUUAUCCCACAAUUCUGCUCCACCCCCCUUGCCUCAGAAACCCCCUCCCCCUGCACUGCGUAGUCACAUUGUCCCAGAUUCAGAUGAUGAUUGGCAUCCAAUGUCUGAUGGAGAAAUGGAUAAACAUGGUAUGUAUGGAAAACAAGAAAUAAGAGGGCAGAAUUCUGAUUUUGUACACUACAGACAAGUGAGUGGCUAUGAUUCAAGUGAGACAACUCAUGCUCGUCACUUAUCUUUACCUCAUAAGGUUCAACCCCUUCCUGGCAACCAAGUCCGUCCAUUCUCAACGCUGGAUGUCCGCUCUAGAACCACAUCCUCCGAAGGGUCAUCGGAAGGGGAGGUGGUCACAAAUGACCGAAAGAUCAAAGAGAAAAAGAAAGGAGGAAUGUUCGGAUUCCUCAAAAAGAAAUAAGCAUAGCCCAUAUAUUUUUGUGUAAAUUAAGAGAUUAUAUAUUUUGUAUAUAGACAAUUGGAUUACAAAAGUGACAACUGGCUUUGUCUGCUUCAACGGAUGGUAGAUUGCUUCAUAGAGAAUCAUGUAUUUGUAUAUAAAAAUGAAAUAUGAAUGGUUUUAUAAUGAUCUUUUUUUGUCAGGAAAUCAAUCGACUUGUAUCGAAACUUUAAUUAUUAUGUGUUUCUGUGUUCGAAGCAUUUAUUUAGUUUUAUAUUUACACAGAAAAUGUUUGAAGACUUCAAAAUAACUUCAGUUGAAUAUGUGUAGGUAUCUUUUAAAAUGUUGUAUUUAAAAAAAAAAAAAAAAACUUAGUAUCAUACUAAUUAUAAAAGAAUUAAUUUCAAGGAAGAUCUGUAUACUGGUAAACAGAGUGUUUGUUCAAAGUACUUCAUCUGAAUUAUAAAAUUUUGUGCAAUAUAGAAAAAUUUAUACUUCAACUGAAGUCAUUGCU